AUGACUCAAUUAUUCAGCCGUACAAAGCCGAAUAAGGCUGAUGAGACUAUUCAAAGAACAAAAGAAAAAGUUAUCGAUUUAACGAAAAGUCUCUCUGAUCGACAACGUUAUCUAAAGCAACUAUCUGAACAAUUGUCUACUGAUGAUUUACAAGCAUUUUUCAAAAUUUCAUAUCAACAUAUUUUUUAUCUUUUCUUUGAAAACUUCAGUCAAAUCGAAACGAAUAUUCCACGAGCACCUUCAAAACAGAACCAAUCAGAUUUCGAAUACGUAACCAAUUUACUAGAGCGUAUUCUUACACUACUACCAGCACUUGUGCAUCAAAGAUGGCAAGCUCAUUGUAUAUGCAAUGUAAUCAAAAGAUAUUUUGUCGCUUCCAGCAGUCCGCAAGGUGUUGCACGUGGUAUGCGACUUUUUCUUCUAUGGUACCAAAUCUUGGGUAGCAAUGCGGUUGAAGAAGAACAUGCGAUUUUCAAAGGAUUGAUACGAAAUUGGAAUCAGCCAUUAGUUGGUACGCGUGUGGCGGGUGAAAAUGUCAACACUGAUGAACAGCCGUCAACAGCAUUAAACGAACUAUUUCGCACGCCACCUGAUACAUUUCGGUGGGCGGAUAGUUUUCCGAUUUGGCCAAAAACGGCGUCCGACUACGAUCCAACAGUAGAUCGAUGGCUUUUCUUCAUGUUACACACGAUCUCGGACACGUGCAAACGUGUUCUGUGGGAUUCAAACCGUGAAUUGCGAAUCCAAAAGCAAGAGGAAUGUUUUCGCUUUCUGUUCGAAAUGUUCAAACGUUAUUACAUGCCAACAUUGUUUCCGACAUUCAUUGAACAAAACAUUUACGACUUUUCCGCACCGAUGACGAUUCCAGAAACAGUACGAAUUGAAAGCGAUGGAUUGAGAAGGCGACAAGCAUGCUUAUGUCGAACGGCAUUUGUUAUGUGGUUAUUGCCAUUUCUUAAUGAAGAACAAAAUCGAGAUAGAACCUUAACUCGUGUACCAAAUGCAACGCUAACGACGCAAGGAGUUUUAACUCAAUCGACCGUAUCGGCGAGUACAGUUACUGGUUCGUCUGAUUAUUCAUCCUAUUCGAAUGAACUAUAUCAUAUUGUAACGGGAGCAUCAUCGAAAACUCAGCCGACAUCGUUUCAGCAAAUAGUAAAUAUGAUUGGUCCAAUAGAUAGUAAUACAUUAGAAAUUGGUCAACAUGUUCUUCUAUCUACACAAGAGAAUAUUAAUUUUAUUCAUGAAAUUUUUCGACAGAGUUAUCUUAUGUCCGGUGAACACGGUUUAGCUGCUUCGCAUAUUCUUCGCACGGUGAAUGAUUGGAUAAAAGAGAAACAUUUACGACCCGUUUUCAUGCUCGAACCUGAACAACGCUCAUCAUCGAAUGACAUACCCGAUGAUAAUCAUCUUCGUUUAGGUUUAAAUCGUUGGUUGCAAAUCUUUAUCACUCAAUCAUUUUAUUUGUUUCUUGUUCGACCAAUAUCAACACAUGAUGAACAACAACAGAGCCAACAAGGAACGAACGCAAUACAAUCCGAACCUGUCCUACGUGAGAGAUCACUCGCUGGCCUUGUCACGUUCUACAAAAAACUUCCACAAAGACAUACACCUGAUAGAACAACAUGGGACUUAAUCUUGAGAGUUAUGUUAAGGAUCGUUCGAUUGUCAUUACAAGAUCGUUCACCAUCGAAUUCCAACCAUUUGUAUAUUGAAAAUACGAUAAAAACUCUUCUCUUUCUCUUUCAAUCCGCCUCAUUAUAUGUGAAUGUAGAAUUAUGGAAUAAUUUAAGUGAUACCUUAUCAUCAAAAGCAAUGUGGCCUGAAGUUAUUGAUCAGUGGGAUUUAUCGAUGCGAGCGUUAACAAAAGAUCUCGGUCGUCUGGUUUAUAAGGUUGAAACUGAACCAUUGAUAGCUACAAGUAUUCGUCGAGGUGGAGCGACAGGUGGUGUUCGGCGAACAGCCCAAUCUGUUCCACCGAAUUCUCUCGAUUUAAAUUCAACAAGUACUCGUCGAGGACGAACGAUCAGUUCAGAUGAAGAUAUUGAUGCACCGGAGCAAUCGACACCACAGCAGCAGCCAACGAGAGCGUUGAUUGCCGAACAAAACCGUUCAGUACGACGACGAACAAGUAGCGAUGAUAGCUUACCACAUUCAACAGCGACAACAUCGUCAUCGAUGAGCAGCCGACCACAUUUAUUGGCAAGCAUUCCAAGUAAUCAAACGGGUGAACAACAAGCAAUAAUGGAGGGACCACCAUCGAUCGAACAAAAUUCACUCCUAUUCAGUCCCAGUGAAUCAUUAUUAUCAGCUCAACAGCAACAACAUCAGCAUCCUUUGACUAUACACAUAGCUCAACAGACACCGAAUUCUCAUAUGAGUGAUAUGUGUUCGCCAAACCAUGCACUCGAUUCACCGAUGAGCGACGACUACAGCACGGCAUCGACAGGUGUACUCGAUACACAUAGCUUGAGUGGCAUUGGUAGUGCAGACAUGUUGACUGCAAAUUACAAAGGUAAUAACACUCACACAGCCGAGUCCCGUUCGACAACUGUAUCUGAAUCCACAUCAGCAUCGGAUCACCAUCAGCAUGUAUCGCCACCAUCCUCACGUGACCAUCAUCCUCUCAGUCAAUCAACUGUUGAUAGUCUUCAUUCAUUCCCUCAAGAUACGGCAACCAUUGAUAGUAUUGAUACAGCGGUGUAUUCGAACGAGCAGAAUUACGAAUCAUCCCGUUUAGCACCUGAAACUGCGUACACAGCUUGGUUUCGUAUGCUGGGUUCACUUGGAAAUAUCAACCAGAUUCGUUCACCUGAACAACACAAUCGAAUAAUGAAGACAAUUUUCGAUAUAUGGAAAAUGCUCUGUCGUAUUCAUGUGCAAUCAAAGGAUACCCAACACGGAGAUUUAUAUUUCGAUGGACCACCCCUGUUAAUAUUUGCUCCAUGGCUUUUCGAAACACUACCAGCCACGCAUCGUGAAGGAAAAUUAUCUGCAUAUAGAUUACUAUGUUCAAUGGGUGUUUUCAAUCACGACACUCCACCACCAGCAGAUUUUCUUGACAUGUUUUUAUUGACUAUUUAUGAGGGCUUAUCAUCAGGAGAUGAAGAUAUCAUCCAUGUGAUUAUUAGUUCGUGUAAAGUCGACUUUUUUCAUCGAUGUUGGCCAUCAUCAACGUUAUUAUUACCAUUAUUCACUUCGGCUUGUUGUGAAAUUGGUCAAAAGCCAUGUCUUGUUGAAGGAAAAACCAUUCCAAAAGUUGAAGCAUUGACUAUUCUAAGUAGUCUUGUUUGUUUUCCAAAUCAUUUCGAACAACUGGAUGUUUUAUCGAAUAAAGAGAAAGAGAAAGAAUAUGUUCCUGUAACAAUGGAUCGCACACUUUUAAAACGUAUGAUCAUGCGUGACUUAAUUAAAGCGUCUCAACUCGAUCCAAUGCUCGAAUCACGUGAAAUUGCCCUGUGCGGCUUAGCGAUAUUCCUUUGUGAGGAACUAAAACAUCAAAGAAUGGAGUCACCGAUCAAACCAUUCAUUCUGUUCACAGUUGAAUGCUUACAGCCCGCUGAUUCCACAAUGUUCGCAGCUGAUAUUCUUCGUUUUCUCGCCUCUUAUGCUCCAUUAUUUAUCUCACACCGUGAUAAUCAAAUGGGCAGUCUGUACACAACUAUCAUCGAUGGUCUCAUAGCAUCCUUACGAGCAGUUAUCCCACGUGAUGUCGGUGCACUUAUGCGCAAUAAUGUUCGAAUCAUCAAGUCAUUAGUAUUUGCAUUACUCGAUUGGAUUCUUCAUGUUCCGACAAGUUAUCUUCAACAGCAACAAACCACACGUGAUGAGAAUAAUCAUGAAAUUUCAACGACUGUUAUUCAACGAACCUUUGCAAUAUUAGUCGAUGUCUAUCGUUCGACAAAUUCAUUAGUCGACGAACAAACUGUUCAAGACAAUGAACUCACAUUAAGUCAAUCGAUAAAAUUAUGUUGUAAAUUCGCUAUUCUAUUCCUACUCAAUGAACAUUCGCAUUUUCCUUUAACGGAGAACGAAGCAUCAUUGACCACAACAAACGUUCAUGAAGGACACGAUUGGUCCAAUUCAGGCAAACAACUCAGUGUUUGCAACGAAGAAAACUCAAAUGUCAAUCAAUCCGAUGAAUUAAUUAUUCACUCAUCAAAUAUUCAAUUGUUUGUCAUUCAUGAUGACUUUCUCAUCUCAUUCAUUGAAAUUCCAAAUGAAAAAGCUAAUGAAUUAACAACUGACAAUCAACAAUUUGUUUCUCGAACAACUCUAUGUCGAACGAUAGUCAGAGAUCUUUGUGGAAGGUAUUGCUGGGAUAACUAUGCAUUCAAUAUCAGCUCAAAUUCCAAAGCGAUCACACGUCCAUUCAAUAAUCCGAUUGAAUUAACACUGCCAGCGAAAUCUACACAUAAAAUUGAAGAAACAAAACGAGGAAUAACAGUAUUGGAAAAGUUUGACCCUGAACAACCACCGACAUAUCGAAAUCAACCACCCAACGCUGAUAUUCUGGAUAAACUUCUGCAAUAUAUAACAACACACAGUCCCGAACUAGCGUUUUACAGUGAUCGAACGUUAACAGAUGUUGCUCCGACACCAGCGUUGAUUUCCUCUCAUGAUGAAAAAGCAGUUAUGAGAAUGAUCACUGAGCAAGAAACAGCUGAAGAGAAUUACGAUUCAUCAUCGUUCGGAAAAAUAGAACGACACAUUGAACAACCUUCGCCAUCUUCUCGAAACGAUCGAUUUGCAUUAUGUCGAUCACAUAUGACUCAACUUGGUUUAAUGAUGUUCGAAAAUCGUCAAAACAUCGAUUUGUUAAAUACCUCAAAAUCAAAUCGUGAUCAACUAUUACGUGAAUUAAAAAAUCUUGAUACACUAAAUUGUCGUGAAACACAUAAGAUCGCGGUUAUCUACAUUGGUUAUGGUCAAGAAGAUAAAACGAGUAUAUUUAACAACACGCAUGGCAGUUCAAACUACGAAGAAUUUCUUACACAUCUCGGUUGGCAAGUUGAACUAUCAAAGCACGUUGGCUUUCGAGGCGGUUUACAUCCUCUGCCGAAUACAUAUUCAAUUUAUUAUGCUAAUGCACUCGUGGAAAUUAUGUAUCAUGUCGCGACUAUGAUUGAUGGAUCUACCGAUGAAGAUCGAUCACGAAAGAAAACACGACAUAUCGGAAAUGAUGAAGUUCAAAUUAUUUGGACAGAACAUUAUCAUGAAUACGAUCGGUCUAUUAUAGCCAGCGCUUUUGGCGAUGUUUUGAUCGUGAUACAUCCGUUACCAAAUGGUUUAUAUCGAAUCAGAAUUGACAAAACCAGUCAAACAACAAAUUUCGGUCCAUUGUUUGAUGGUGCAAUUGUAGAUAAACUCAUUCUUCCUGAAUUAGUGCGAGCCACAGCCAUCAACGCCAGUCGUGCACGUCGUACAACACUGAAUAAUCAUUGUGAAUUUUACGAAGAACGUUAUCGUAUAAUCAAUUCAAUCAUUCGCACACAUAAAAAAGAGACAACAUACGAGGAAUUUCUUGCCAAGUCCUUUACACCAUUAGCUACGAAAACAUUGGCACACCAAACAGAUGAGAAUACAAAACCCGCGAACCCGCAAAAUGAGCGCAGGGAUGGUCCUUCCAACAACGUAAUGCAUCCGACAGCAAACAUGUCAACAACUUCGUUUCUUGCUAUUUCAUUCAUUCUAUUUUAUUUUCAUCGUUGGAGUCGGUCGAAUUUUGAAAUGUCGAAAAAACGGCAGAGAAAUGCAUUUGUCGACGAACAAGCGGAAGAAGAUUCAGCCGAAGAAAGUGAUACCGAGAAAAAACAACGAGUAGCGGCUAUGAAAAAACUCAAAUCCAAUCGGCCUAUGAGCGACGAUGACGAUGAUGAUGAUGAUGCCGAUGUAAUGGACGAAGCAACGGCAACAGAAUUAAAAAAUUUCAUCGCUGAACCUGGAGAGGAAGAAGAUGAUGAAAAUGCUAAUGACCAAUCUGGUUCAGGAGAAUCAGACGAUGAAGAUGAUUUCGAUGAUGAUGAUCUGGCAUUGAUCCAAGAAAAUGCCAAACCACGAAAAACACGGGUACAAAUCGAAGGUGAAGAUAGUGACGAUGAAAGUCAACAAGAUGCAUCAAAACAUGAACGAACAUCGAGCAGUCACAAACGACGAGACGAUAUCGAUAGACAAAGUGUACAUAAUGAUGAUAUCGACGAUGGUGAGAAUGGAGAUUAUGAAGAUGAUGAUGAUUUCAUCGUUGAUGAUGAGAAUCGGCCAUUACCGAAAUCAUCUCAUCGAAGAAGUCAAAAUGCACCAAAUAUCGCCGAGGCGCAAGCUAUAUUUGGUGAUGAUUUUUCAUUUAAUGAUAUCAAAUUCGAUGAAAUAAACGACGAUGCUGAAGAUGAAGAAGACGAGGAAGAAGACGAAGAAGAAGAGGAGGACGAGGAAGAAGAAGAGCCAGUUGAACCAGAAUGUGAUGAAGAUGGUAAUCCGAUUGAAAGCGAGUCAACAACGACAAAAAGACAAGGAAAACGUAAAGCUCAACGGCGUAAACAAAAAGCUGAAGAAUUAUUCGAACCUGAAGAAUUGAAACGCGGCUAUCUAACAGAAGCAGAUAUAAACAUACGAAGAAUCGAUAAACCGGAAAGAUUCCAAUUAAGACAUAUUCCGGUUACCGAAGCAAAAGAAGAUGAGCUUGAGGAAGAAGCCGAAUGGAUUUACAAUGGAGCAUUCCUUAAGCCUACCCUUUCUCUUCAACCCGUCGAUGAAGAUACAGCAAAAAAUAUCCAAGUGAAGAAGAAAAUCAAAAAUGCGUUGAAUUACAUUCGUAAUGAUUCAUUUGAAGUACCAUUCAUUGCAUUUUAUCGCAAAGAGUAUAUUGAACCUGAUCUUAAAAUGCAAGAUCUUUGGAAAAUAUGGCAAUGGGAUGAAAAAUGGAUGAUAUUCAAGACUCAAAAAGAUAAGUUGAUGUCAAUGUUUGACCGUAUGGAUAAAUAUCGAAAUUAUCAAUACGAACAAUUGGGUGAUACAAAUGAAGAAGCACUGACCACAAAAUUGCUGACAGAUUGUGAUAUUGACAAGGAUCGUCUAGUGCACGCACAAACUCUCGAAGAAGUCACCGAUUUACGCGAUCAAUUUCACGUAUAUUAUAACGCUGAUAUACCAAACAUGCGUUUGCGCGAAAAGCUGCUCGAAUAUCGUGAGGAACGCGAAAAACGUAAGAAGUUAAUAGCAAACAUGGAGCAGAAUGACAAUGAUGAACAACCGUUGCCAACAAUAGACGAUGAAGAUGAAUUAGACGAAGAAACUUUAGUUGACCAAAUACGUGAUCAGUUGAAUAUCAAAGCACAACCUAGACAAAAAACUGAUUAUUACAGUGUUUGCAAAGAAGCGCAUUUAGAAGGUCUAGUGAAGAAAUUCGGUUUGAAACCCGAUAAACUAGGUGAAAAUCUUUACGAAAGCUAUCAAAAGAACGAAAUCGAUCAAUAUCCCAUUGGACCAUUAGCCACAUGCGAAGAGUUUAUCUGUAAACAAUUCUCCAACACACAGGCUGUUCUGCAGGCUGCGAUCUUCAUGCAUGCACGUCAACUAUCUCUCGAUCCAUUAGUGCGUUACGUUAUUCGUCGUGAAUACACUUUGCGAUGUAUGAUCAAUGCUCGGCCAACACGUCUUGGUAUGCAAUCGAUUACGGAAGAUCAUCCUUGUUAUACAAUCAAGUAUCUGACGAACAAACCGGUUAAUACAUUCACCAAAGAUCAAUUCCUUCAUUUGUAUCAAGCUGUUAAAGAUGGUUUAAUGACCGUUGAGUAUUCCAUUGAUAAUAAAACAACUUCUCAUACUUAUGCCGAUGAUAUCAAACGUUCGUAUACACGUGAUGAAUAUUCCGAUAAUGUUCUUGAAUGGAACAAAAUUCGCGCAAUGUGUAUCGAUUUGAUGCUCACGAAAUUUCUCUAUCCGAAAUUCCAACGAGAAAUCGAAGAAACUUUACUUGAUGAAGCUAAACAAUACGUUAUGAAGCAAUGCUCAAAGUGUUUGAAUGACUGGAUUAAAAUGGCACCAUACCGUCUAUCGAAUGAUGAAAAUGUCACAAGUAUAUCCGAUGCUGGCGUACGAGUUCUAUCGAUCAGUUAUUCGACUGAUCCCGAUGAUGUUUCCUUUGCUGUUAUAUUAAGUUCUGAAGGUCAAGUAAUGGAUUUCAUCCGUUUACCCAAUAUUAUGUUACGAGAUCAAUAUUCGCCGGAGAAUCGAACGAAAAAAGAUAAAGAUUUCGACGCCAUUCGAGAAUUCAUCAAGCAGCGUGUUCCUGAUGUUAUCUGUAUUGGCGUGGAAAGUCGCGACGCAUUCUAUUUACGUACACGCUUAGAAAAAAUGGUUAGUGACUUACACCAUGACGAAGAACAAUUCCAGAACCUACCUGAGCCGAUCAAAGUUCUUCUAUGUGAUACCGAAUUAGCCAAAAUCUAUAGUAAAUCUCGUAAAGGCGAAUCCGAUUUUCGUGAUUAUCCUUCUAAACUUCGUCAAGCAAUCUCGCAAGGACGUCGCUUACAAGAUCCAUUACUAGAAUUCUCACAGUUAUUCAACUAUGAUAAAGAAGUACUUCUGCUUAAAUUUCAUCCAUUACAACAUUUGAUCGAUCGGGAGAAACUACUGACUAGUCUCGAACAAUGUUUUAUUGCACGUACAAACGAAGUUGGUGUCGAUUUAAACCGUUGCAUUGCGUAUUCUCAUACCGCAAACAUUUUGCAAUUUGUCUGCGGUCUUGGUCCACGAAAAGCAACACAUUUAAUUAAACAUUUCAAACAAACCAAUUCACAAUUAGAAAAUCGUACAUUUCUCAUUGUUAAUUAUCCGAUGGGGAAAUGCGUGUUUUCGAAUUGUGCAGGAUUCAUUAAAAUUAAUACGGACGCAAUGAAAGAAAGUAAUUCAUAUAUUGAAAUUUUGGAUAGCACACGUAUACAUCCGGAAGCUUAUGAUUGGGCACGAAAGAUGGCUGUGGAUGCCUUAGAUAUUGAAGAAUCGUCCGAAAUGGAACCGAGUGCUGCCUUGGAAGAAAUCUUUCAAAACUCUGAACGAUUGAAAGAUCUCGAUUUAGAUGCAUUUGCAGUCGAAUUAAAAAAUACUUCUUAUGGAGAUCAAUCGAUUACUCUGUAUGAUAUACGUGCAGAGUUAACACAUCGAUAUCGCGAUGUACGUGUUCGUUAUGAACCACCCAGCCCGGAAGAUUUAUUUCAUUUUAUUACCGAAGAAACGCCGGAAACAUUUCAUUUGGGUAAAUUAAUUCAAUGUCAAGUUUAUGACUUUGCAAGAAGACCACCGACACCUGAACAACUCGAAGGUGCACAGCCAGAAAAAGACGAAGCAACUGGAAUGUUGAAAUGUCCAUUGUGUCAUACAGAACGAUUUCACAAUGUUAAAGAAGCAUGGAAUCAUUUUGAUUCAACUAACAUAUGCAAAGGAAUACCAGUCGGUGUACGCGUUCGUUUGGAUAAUGGUUGCACAGGCUUCAUAAAACUUCGUGAUUUAUCUGAUUCUCCAGUGACGAAUCCGUUAGAACGAGUGAAAUUGCAUCAAACUAUCUAUGCACGUAUUUUAAACAUCAACAUUGAACGGUUCAGUGUUGAUUUAACAUCGAAAUCGAGUGAUUUACGUGAUGAUAAAGAACGCUGGCGACCGCAAAAAGAUUCAUUUUAUGAUCGUACACUUGAAGCAGAAGAUCUGACUGAAGCGGAAAAAGACAAACAAUUGAAACAAGCAGCUAAAGAACGUAGUUUUGUUAAACGUGUCAUUGCUCAUCCGUCGUUCAUGAAUAUAAACUAUACUGAAUGCGAACGUAUACUUACAAGCAAAGAUUUAGGCGAUGCGAUUGUACGGCCAAGUUCCAAAGCAGCUGACCAUUUGACAAUCACGUGGAAAUUGGUCGAUGGUGUUUUACACAAUAUCGAUGUUAUUGAAAAAUCGAAAACGAAUCAGUUUUCGUUGGGCAAACGUUUGCUAAUUGUCGAUCCACGUACACAAGAAACGGAAGAAUUUGAAGAUUUGGAUGAAAUUCUUGCACGCUAUAUCAAACCAAUGGCGAACACGGUUGCUGAUAUCAUUUCGCAUAAAUAUUAUCGUAAUUUAGCUCAACCGUUACCAUCCUCCACACCAGCAGGUGGAGCGACACCAGCACAAACAACAAAUACAACGCCAGCAGCAGCAGCAGUAAUAACUUCAUCAACUUCGGGUCUACCACCAUUGACGAAUGAUGCACAUCGAAUUCUCAAUAAUCUUCUCAUUGAAGAUAAACGACGCAAUCCGACACGUAUACGCUACUACAUUACAAUAUCGCGUGAAUAUCCAACAAAAUUUCUUCUGUCAUAUAUGCCGGCGCGUCGACCCAUACACGAAUAUUUUACUGUUACGCCCAAUGGUGUUCGAUUUCGUUCGAAAGUGUUUUCGUCACUAACGGAAACAUUGAAUUGGUUCAAAAUUCAUUACAAUGAUAACGCAGUGACGCCAUCACCAAUGCGUCCAUCGUCAACUAACAUUCGCGCUCCACCAUCACUACAACCGCCACCUUCAACUCAUUCGAUGUCAAUAAGUUCAACUCCACUCACGUCCAGUUCAUCAAUGGUUUCAUCUGGUUUUAGUCAACCGCCACCGCCCAUGCCCACAUCAGGCUUCAGUAUCCCACCUCCAACAGCUGCUGCUGGCAUUCUACCGACAGCGCCGCAUACCGGCAUGGUCACAAGUGGCUUUAGUCAACCACCUCCAACUAUGGGUACAAUGCCAACAGUUUUACCGCCACCACCCCAAAUGAUGAUACCGCCUGCGAAUUUGUUUGCUUAUUUUCAACAAUAUCAACAACAGCAACAGCAACAGCAACAGCAGCAACAGCAACAACGGUUUUGA